CACAAGCUCGUGGAACGUCGGAAGCUGUGCUGAGCUCGGCGCCUGGACCAUGGGGGCGCCCGGGGGGAAGAUCAACCGGCCACGGACGGAGCUGAAAAAGAAGCUGUUCAAGAGGCGCCGGGUGCUGAGACGGGAGCGGCGGCGGCGGCACCGGGUGGUCGGGGCGGUGGUGGACGAGGGGCUCAUUACUCGCCAUCAUCUCAAGAAGCGGGCAUCCAGUGCCCGGGCCAACAUCAGCUUGUCUGGGAAGAAGAGAAGGAAACUUUUGCAACAAAUCAGGCAUGCCCAAAAGGAGAAGGCUGCCAUGGAGGUGGAAGCUCCCCCGAAGCCGGGCAGGACCACUGAGGCACAGCCUAGACAGAAGAAAAGGAAAACUGGAGUCAUCCAGGAUGUGGAGAUGGAAGACCUAGAAACUGACAGCUGAGCCCAGACAACCUCACAAGAAGCCAUCCCUUCAGUUAGGACAAGGAGGCAGAGCCCCUUAAUGAUAGGCCUUUAAAAAAGUUUUUAUCUUUGGAGGCAAUCAGGGUUGAGUGACUUGCCCAGGGUCACACAGCUAGUAUGUGUCUGAAGCUGGACUGGAACUCCCGGGUCCUCCUGACUCCAGGGCUGAUGCUGUAUCCCCUUCGCCUCCUAGCUGCCCCCCCCCACCGUAGGUUUCUAAAGUGAUACGGCUCUGACCUUUCCCCUCCCUCCCCUCCUAUGCCUCAUUCUUCAAGUCCCUUGACUAGGGGCAGGGGAGUGGCAGAUACUGUUUCCUCUGCUUCCUGGGGAGGGAAGGGAGGCCCAUGGUUCAGUAGUGGUAACAGUUUGUAAUAAAGUCAUUUGAGUUCUGA